ACCAGCUUUAAUUAUUUUUUUAAGUACUUUGAGCUGUGCAACAUUGGAAAAUAAUCAAAGAAAAAAUCUGUAUCUAUGCUGCUUUUGAAUGGAUCCUUUACUGAAGCGUGGGUUGACAGCUGUCCCAGAAAUCAGUGCCACAAUAAAUUAGGAUGACAUCGACUGCUGUUUUUCUUGGUCUUUCUUCAACUGUGUAUCAGCUCCCUGGGCAAAACGCAACAUAGGCAAUUAUAUGGAAUUAGCAAGAUGAAUAAAAAUAAACUGAUUCCUGAUUUCCUGGAAAUAGUUUCAAGGGGUAAUGUGGAACUCAUCUGUGACUAUAUUACCAAAGUCCAUUCCAUCCUUGGAAACCUUAACUUUCAGCAUCCAAAGACUGGGAAUACACCUCUCAUUACUGCAGCAGAAGAAAAUCUAGCAGAGGUUGUUGAAUUUCUUCUGGAAAAGGGAGCAGAUAUCACCCUUUGUAAUUACAGCAAUCAAACCGCAGUUCAUGUGGCUAAUUGCGAUGUGCAAAGACAACUCUUGGCCAUCAAUGGAAUCCAGGCUCCCCAAAUGCAACUUCUACAAAGUUCAUGGCAAGGCAAUCUUGAACAACUUCAACACUUGCUGGCAUCUGAAGAGUUCCUGGAUAUAAAUUUCCCAAACCAACAUGGCUUGACCCCUCUGAUGCUGGCUGUGAGGGAUGUGGAUCUGUUUGAGGGUCUUGAUAUGUCAACAGUCUACAGACCUGUGGAGGUUCUGUCUGAGCUCCUCAGGCAUCACGCAGAUCCUAAACUCUGUGAUUUUAGUGGAAAAUCAGCAAUACAUUAUGUGUCACAAAUACAAAGUUUUAGGAAACAGCAGUUAUUGGACAUUCUAAUGAAUUCUAUGCCAAAACCAGAAAGACAUGCUGAAUCAUUGCUUGACAUUUGUCAUGAUACAAACUCUUCUCCAACUGAUAUGAUGACAGUUACUACAAACCACAAUAUAAUCUUGCGAAGCAUCAGCAGCAGUGAGGAGUUUGACCAAGAUGAGGACUGCAGUCAUUCCAUAUUGGUUAGUGAAGGAGGAGAUCCAAGUGGUGAUGGACAAGAUUGGCAACCCAGGACAGAAGAUGUUGAGAUUAUUGUUACUUUUCCAAGAGAUGUCAGUUAUCCCCAAGAAAUGAGCCAAGAAGAUUUACAAGAAAACAAUCAGAUAACGCCAGUGCAUCAAGAAUGGGCACGAGGACAUGCCGUUUCUCUCCCAAAUGAAAUCGAGAUGAUGGACUUCCGGACAAAGACGCUGACCAUGGAGCCUUUACUUCUGAAGGAAGAGGAAAGUUCCAAGGAACUCUGUGAUGAGAAUGUGGGCAUUUUCUUACCAAGACCUUGCUUAGAACCAAACAUUUCCACAUCUGUAGCCAGAGAAGAUGUCCCUCACUUUCUGAAGGGGCAACAAAGAAAAUCUGAAGAGUUUUCUAUUUCUGAUAUGAAGUACAGUAACCGAAGAAUCGAGUUCCCUCUGCCACCAUUGUCACUUUUGUCCAUGAAACCUGGUCUUCAUACGAUCCCCCCAAAUUGCAAGGAUCUAAAAGAGAGAGAAAGAAAUAUUCUGAACUUCAUAUCCUUUGUACCUAAGCUCUCAGAGCCCGGAAGUCGAUCUGAGGAGUUUAGACCAUCACACAAGCACCAGGAAGCUCCGUUUAAGGUGUUUGUGGAUCAGACUCUCAUGUCCUCUGACAGCUCCAUUUGGUCCAGAAACAUGUGCUCGUUUUGGAAGGCUAGCCAUCAGAGACAACACAUGGAGAGGGAGGAGAACAGGAAAUCCAAGCAAACAGAAGGAAGCGACAACAUUUCAAUCUCUGACUUUGAAAAGGGACAAUCUUUGGGAUUCUUUGGAAAUUGUGAGGAGAGCAAUUUUCCUACAGAUCAGGAAGUGGAUCUUGACUGCAUUGGUCGUGAAAUUCGAAAAGCAGAAGAAGAGAAUUCUCAACAUGUUUCAUCAGGAAAGAAAGAGGGUUCAGUAGCCAGAAACUGUAAACAAGACUGUGAAGUUGGAUAUACCGUGCCAAUCAAGUUCCAAGAAGCCCAGCAUUCAGAAAUAAUUCUAAGGCAGGAUGAAGAGACUGGAAAUGAUCAGGCUGAUUCCAAAAGUUCUUCAGCACAGAAAGGUGAAGCAGUUGAGCCAAAUCAUAUUUUAGAAGAGUGUACUGUACUUAAAAGUUUGUCCAAUGGAGUCCCUGAUGGCUCCACUGAAGAGCUCCCACAAGGUCAGAGAGGCAUGGAGAGAAACAUAAAAAUAUCAGUAGCAAAGGCCACCAAACCAGAAAUGAAUGGAACGGUGCCUCUUAUCCACAUCACUUUCCCUGGACAUGGACCUCCCAAGGAACCGGCAAUAGCCAAACCGAGCCUCCAAAAAAGAAAGGGCACUCUUCAAAACAACAAUAGCUUCAACAUACUUGCACACCAAGAAAAUGACAGGCAGAAGAUGAAAACCCACAGAAAUAAGUUGGAGUCAAAGACCAAGACCAGUAACAGGACACCCCAGAAUUUCAUGAUUUCCACUGAAGUUUCCAUUAAGCCUACCAUGCAUAAAACCAGCAUAAAAACUCAAGUUUUCCCUGCUUUGGGGCUUGUUGACCCCAGACCCUGGCAGUCACCCAAGUUUCAAAGGAGAAUGCCACAGGUAGAAAAGAAGCAAUCAACUUACCGGGCUCUGAAACCUAAAAAGCAAUCUUUUCCUUGCAUUUGUAAGAAUCCAGGAAUGAAGAAGUCUCCUGUUCCUCUCUCCGCUAAACCAACAGAACCAAGACUAAAUUACCUAGAUCUUAAGUAUAGUGACAUGUUCAAAGAAAUCAAUUCAACUGCUAAUGGGCCUGGAAUCUAUGAAAUGUUUGGGACUCCUGUUUAUUGUCACAUGAGAGAGGCUGAACGUCAUGAGCACGAAUAUUACCGAGAGAUAUGCUCAGCUCCGUCUGGCAGAUGUGUUGCCCAUAAAUGUCGAUCUUCACGCAGUGAGAGAAGCAGCAAUAGCAGAACAAGAUUUUCUCAGAAAAGACCACACAUUAAACCUGCAAAGACUUCGCUUGGCAUUAAACAAAAGAGCAAAAGUUUAAUUUCUAAAGAAAAGAGUUACAAAGCCGUAGGUAGCAACUUACAAGACAUUGAAAAUGGUGAUGAUAUUUCAGAUCCAGAGUGGCAGAUAAAGUCUUCAGGAAAUGACUUUCUCUCUUCCAGUGAUGAAGGUCAGCCCAUGAACUUGGCUCUGCCUCACAAGCGGUCCACUGCACCGAAUGGAUUCCUUCCUGUUACAGAUUUGUCCACUGUUGAAGAAGUCUCUAUGGAAGAGUCUGCUGAUGAAGGAGACAUUUCUAACAAUCAAAUACUUGCCACGAGCCUCAGAGAUCUGCAUAAACUUGAAGAACUACAUCACCAGACCCCAUUUGUCCUUUCAGAAAAUAGCUGGGCAGUGCCCAGUGAGAAGGGUUCCAAUAAGCAUGUACUGCAAGAAAAGCAGAAUACAGCAUCUCUUGGUAAAAUAAAUGCCAACCAAAUUUUGACUAACAAUAUAGGGUUCGAAAGUGUUUUAGAUAAGUCUGAAACACUUACGAGUUUCUCUUUCCAAGAGAAACAACAGAGUGCAUCUUCCCAAGCAUAUCAACAUUGGGGACAUUCUUUGGAUCAUGAUAGUUUAGCUAAUGAGUCAAUUACAUAUCACACAUUUGGACAAACUUUAAAUGAUGCAAAUUCAAUUUCGCAAGAAAUUCUAGAUUCUGUGAAGAAUGAAGAAUUGACAGAUGAACUAUUAGGAUGCCUAGCUGCAGAACUAUUAGCUCUUGAUGAGAGAGAUAACACCUCUUGCCAAAUAAUGCCAGAUGAAACAGAUCCUGAAAACCUAAAUCUUGUCCUCAGUAGGAGAGGAAAAACCACGCCAGAAUUGGGCGGAGAGACAACAAAUGUUAAAAUACAGAGAUGUAGUAGUGGGUUCAGGAUAUUCAACAAGGAGGAGAAAUUUCUCAACUCAAAUGAAAAGAAGACAUUUUCUGAAAAUAGUUCUAAGUAUGAAGAAUGUAUCCUGUGGACAAAGGGCGAGAUCCUUGGGAAGGGAGCCUAUGGUACAGUAUAUUGUGGUCUUACUAGCCAAGGACAGCUAAUAGCUGUAAAACAGGUGGCUCUGGAUACUUCUGAUAAAUUAGCUACCGAAAAAGAAUACCGGAAACUGCACGAAGAAGUAGAUUUGCUCAAAGCACUGAAACAUGUCAACAUUGUGGCCUAUUUGGGGACAUGCUUGGAAGAGAACACUGUAAGCAUUUUCAUGGAGUUUGUCCCUGGUGGCUCAAUCUCUAGUAUUAUAAACCGUUUUGGGCCAUUGCCUGAGAUGGUGUUCUGUAAAUAUACAAGACAAAUUCUGCAAGGUGUUGCUUAUCUCCAUGAGAACUGUGUGGUGCAUCGAGAUAUCAAAGGAAAUAAUGUCAUGCUCAUGCCAACCGGAAUAAUAAAGCUAAUUGACUUUGGCUGUGCCAAGCGUUUGGCCUGGGCUGGUUUAAAUGGCACCCACAGUGACAUGCUUAAGUCCAUGCAUGGGACUCCAUAUUGGAUGGCCCCGGAAGUCAUCAAUGAGUCUGGCUAUGGAAGGAAGUCGGACAUCUGGAGCAUUGGCUGCACCGUGUUUGAGAUGGCCACAGGGAAGCCUCCACUGGCUUCAAUGGACAGGAUGGCAGCCAUGUUUUACAUUGGAGCACACCGAGGGCUGAUGCCUCCGUUACCAGAACACUUUUCGGAAAACGCAGUGGACUUUGUGCGUGUGUGCCUAACCAGGGACCAGCAUGAGCGACCUUCUGCCGCCCAGCUCCUGAAGCACUCCUUCUUGAUGAGAAGUCACUGAAUGUACAUCCACUUUUCUCUCCUUUAUAGGCACUCUGUGAUUGCUUCAUUGUGGGAAUGAUGGUUAAGGGACCUUAUUUUCCUACUAUUGAGUCAGCUCAACCCAAUUUAACCAGAUCCCGCACUGUCGCUAACUAAAAAGUUUGCUAUGUAUUAGCGUCCUCAAGCUUCAGGCAUGGUUACACAUGUAUAUGAGAACAUUUUCUUCAACAGUAACAACAAAAAACCUAUUCCAGUGUUUACACCUUUGGACUGUCCAGGAAUUACAGUCUCUAUUCCUUUGUAGGAUUCUACCUUUUAGUUUUGGUCUAUCAAUUUUAAUGUCAACUUAAAUUGUAAAAACAAAAGAAAAUUGUUUUGGCUUGGUGUAUACAGACAUUUAUUUCUUGGAAAGGAAACUAAAGGUGAGAAAUUAAAAACUAGAGAGAUGCUAGAUUCUGUUCACUUUGGCAGCAAUCUUAACUUUGCAGACUACAGGAGCCUCAAAGUUAACAGGAAGAGCUAAGGGCCUUGGCGUCUCAUUACCAGAGGGUCCCGAGUUCCCACCUACAGGAAGCUGUACUGUUCGAGGUGGCUUCGCACACCUCAGGCUGCUUUCCCUGUAACUGAUAGUAUGACUUGAAGACUUCACCUAUCUGCCGGGUGCAUUAGGUCAUGGCACAUCUAUAACUAGCUAAACCUAAGCUUGCUAGUAGGACAAAAGCUAGAUCUGAUCAAGGGGAGUGGGUCAGCAUACAAAUUUUUUCAGGGCUCAUUUCGCUGGAAUGAAGGACAUCCCCAGUGAGGUCACUUUUUUUUUAAGGAUUUAUUUAUUUGAGAGAAAGAGCAAUUGAGCAAGCAGGGGGAGGGGCAGAGGGAGAGAAAGAAUCCUCAAGCGGACUCCCGGCUGAGUGCAAAGCCCGACACCAGGAUCCUGAGAUCAUAACCUGAGCCUAAAUCGAGAGUCAGACGCCCAACCGACUGAGUCACCCAGGUACCCCCUGAGGUCACUCUUCACUUCUAGAACAUUGAUAAACCUCACCAGAAAAAGUGGACAAGUUGUCAGAAUUAUUACAAGGCCUUGUUUUAAGUUGGUGGAAGAAGCAUUGUUGAUUAAGGUUUCUACUGCUGUGAUUCCACUCAUCUACUAAAUUUCAUUGACACCUAUUGUUUUGAGCUAUUUCUAUAGAAUCUUUUUACUGGCUGCUAUCAUUUCAAAGUGGCACAAUUACAAACUAACUUCAGGUGUAUUCUAACACCAGUUGUCAGGCUUUGUCAAGAUCAAGCUGGUUCUUCAGAAGUUUUUGAGAAGCAACUGAAAUGCGGUCAAGCUGAGAUAAAAGAUUUUACUUUGGCCAACAUGUUUAGAUACGUCUUUCUGGGUAUACCUUGUCUGUAAUUUGUACAGUUUUCUCAUAUUUGAUAAUUUAAGACAUACGUCCCUCAUUUACCUGUAUAUCAGCAUAACCUGACAAAAUGAAGUAUUUUGUUAAAGUGGUUUUUAAAAAAUUUUAGUUGGGAUCUUAAGCAUUCUUUAAAUUCUGGAUGGUUUUAUCUGAUUUAGGAGCAAAUAGACUACAUAUGGGAAAGGCUAGGGAGCAAAGCAUAUUCUGUACAUGUGUAUCAUAGCAAUGGACACAUGAAGUUGGUGACAACCCUAACCCUCUUCAUAGAAUACUGAACACAACUUUGGAACAGAACCUUCAAAAUUUUGUUUUCAAUAGGUGACCCUUGGUCCUAAGAAUUUUCUGUUGUUUUGUCAUUCCUUGUGUUUAAGACAUAACAGGCUGGAAUUCUUUUAUUAUUGCCCAGAUGUUUGCUCCCUUUUUAACUUCCUUUGGGAGGAGGAGGGUCUGAGAGGAGAUAGGGAGUACAGUUAAGUGGUCACUGGAAGGACUAGUAUUUCCUGAACUCUUAAUAUAAAAAAGCACCUCAUUUAAUUCUGUUGUUUGGGUUGGAUAUCUCAUUUUGUUAAAGAAUGCUAGGGUUGAGAGCUAAGUGACUUUCUCAAGGCCAUCUACCGGUAGGUGGAAGUCAGGACAGUCACUCAGUCAUUUGUGUGACUUUACAGCCCACUGCCUCUCAGAUGUGUGGUUUACAAAUACAGUUACAUCGUUAAGUUUUACCCAAACAAAACCCCACUGUGAUGCUGAUUAACAAAUUCCACCAGUCCAGUUAAUGACUUUGGUUACUUUAAUGGUGUGAAAAGCUUCACCUUUUUCACUCAGCCACAGCCCUUUUCACCACUCACAAUGCUUGUUUUUAAUUAUAUUCCCAAGUACACUUCAUUAUGUACUGAAUCUUCCUGUCUACUCCACCAAAGGAAAUCUAACUCCCCAGAGUAGUUCCAACUCUACAGCACUUCCCUAACUUGAACCUACCUUAGUCCUUGCACAGGAGACAUUUCUCAGUGGCGGAGUGAGGAGAGCUGCCAGAGUGGAAAAGAGCAAGCUCUGGAGUAUGGGACUGGGGUAUACAGGACUCCAUCAUCCACUUCCUCCAGCACAACCGCUACAGCAGUCUGAGGCCUUCUACACUGGAUACAAACCACUUCAUCUGCUCAAUGAGCAGUCAAAAGACUCCAUCACCUACCAGGUCAUCUUUAUUCCUCAUCCGUGCUGCACUUGCAAGUAUUAAUUCAGCUUAAAGGUAUGUAAGGUAGAAACCUGCAUUUUAAAAAAGCUUCCCAGGAGAUUCUGUCAACAUUAAAGUACCCAAUGGAGGCAGUCUGUAUGUUCACUGGUGAUCACUACAAUUAACAGAGUGCACAACUGGAAUGGCAAACAAUUCUGAGGAAAAGCUCAAGUACUUUGUCCUACUGACAUCACUUCUCACACUUGUGCAAAACUAGGGCUGGAUUCAUCCGUAGAGUAAUUGCUCUUAUGGAUUAUAACUUGAAAGGCUAAAACAAAACUCAAACCUAAGACUGACCUGGGGUAUAUGCCCUGACACUUGUAAGGUCUAAAAGCUCUUAAUUUCAUGGCAAUAAAAGAAGAACCCUUUCAUCCGUGAGGCUCUUCACUGCUUUGGAGGGUGGUACUGGGGAGGGCGAAGAAGGCAGUUCAUACAGCAGAGCUCAAACAAAAACGUACAACUGUUUUCAUUAUAUUGAGAACAGCAGGGCAAAAAAAGAGGGAAGAAACAAUGGA